AUGAACCCCGAAGCGCCGCCGUUCUUCCCAACUUUUGCACUGGCGCAUUCACAUAGGCGGGUCUACAGCCGCGCGGAGCUGAAGCGCAUUGAACUCUCCGUGGUUGAAAGCAUCCGACGCGCCCCUCGGACGGGUGUGCCGUCGGCAUCGGCCCUCCCGGUGGAUUUCGCCGCCCUCUUCGCACGCCUUCCGCACGCCCACGAGGUACUCGAUGUUGAGCAUGUGGCGAAACUAGUGGAGGAUGGCCGGGAGCCCGUUGAUGGAACGCGUGCUUUAAUUGAAGGGAACCGGCAACCCCUCUGCCCCGAGUGUGCCAACGGGCCCGAAGCAUGUGAAGAGGUUCGUGGUAUCGUCGCCGGGGCUGUGCGUCGGGCAGCUUCGAACCGCCUCAGCGCAGUGCUUCUGCAGUCUGGAAACGUCGUGUGGGGGCUAAUCCAACUUACUCUUGUGUUUGAGGCCAAGCAGAGCUCACUGCGGCUGCGAGUAUUAGCCGAGCGUCACCCCAACAUUGUGUCCCUCAUUCGCGAAUACCUGUGCGGAGAGGGUUACCACCUCCCACUGCCUAAGAUUACGGAACAUAAGCAGUGGCAGGAGCUAAACAGCAUACUUAAGUUUGACUGGAUUCGAGAUAAUCGCACACGCGUUUUCACAGAGAUAUCCAGGCGGUGGAAACAACGGCACACACAGUUUGAGCAGUUUGUGCACUUCUUUGGGUAUCGUGAUGCUAAGCCACAGCACCAGGUGAAGAACAUGCUCACCAACUGCGCAAAGCCCGUAUUUAUCUCAAUACUAUCAGGGGACAUAGUUGCAGUGGUGCUUCUAGCCCGAUUGGAAUUUUUUGUUCCUCCGGACUAUUACUGGGACAUCUUCCCGUACUUUGCCGAGACACUUCUAAAGAAGGGUAGUGAUGGUAAAACGUACGCGGUGAUGCGACACCUUUGCCAACACUUCCACGAGAGACAGCAGUCACUCAGAAAAGAUGUUUAUAACCCGAUUGAACCGCCACGUAGGAGGUGA